CGGGACCGUGUCGUCAGAUUAAGGUCCAACCAUGAGCAGAGCAGUCCUGAAGAAGCGAAGCAGCGGGGCCAGUCUGGCCGACCCUGACUUGAACAUCAGGAGGAUGGAGAACAGCAGAGAGCAGCGGGUCCAGGACGACGUACCUCCUCCUCAACCGGAGCCAACCCGGGAACCAAACGGCCACAUGGACGAGGAGGAAGGCGUCACCCUACCCGAAGUCAUCGAAAAGAACUACGCCACCAAGAAGAGGAGCCCCAUCAAGGUUCUCAACAACUCGCCGGUGGUCAUCGACGAUUUUCGCGCGAAGCUGAAGAUCCACCAGCUUCAGACAGAGCUGAUGAAGAAGAAGAUGGAGUGCGACUACCUCCGCGAGGAGGCCAAGCAGCUGACGGACGAGCUCAAGUUCGAGAGGUUCAUGCUGAAGAAAAAGACCAACGAAGCGAUCAGCGCGCUCCAGGAGAAGAACAAGGAAAUGACGAAGGAGAACCAGGAUCUUAAGAAGAAGGAACUGGAAACGAAGAAGGCGAUCGGCGAGCUGGAUAAGAGCAUGGGGAAUACCAAGGCGAUGCUGAAAGAGGCGGAGGACAAAAUGGACAGCGUGGAGAAGGAAAAGCUUCGCGCCGUGGCGGAUCUUGAGGAACUUCGGUCAGUAAACCGUCGUCUGCUCGCGGAAAAGCGGGAGGCAAAAGUAGCAGAGGUGGAAGCGACUCACCGAGCAAGCGAAGCGGAGAGGGUAGCGCAAGAGGAGCUCAAGAAACGGCAGGAAGCAGAGACGAAGCACGAAGAACUUCUCGAGCAGAGGGAGAGCAUCAAGAAAGAGCGGGACGAGGUCAAACAGGUGUAUACCUCGCUGCAAGAACAGCUGGAAAUGGAGGAAGAGAAGCGGAAGGAGUUUCCGUCAAUUUCAACCCAGACGAACGUUCGCACUUGUCUGCUGUGUUCCAGCGACAGAGAGCACAAGGCCGGCCACCAAGCAGGCGGCAACGGCAGCAGGGGAAAGCCGGCAGCUUCGGGCAACGGGGCCGGCCGCGGCCAGCUUCCGUCCGUCAAAGCGGCGGUUCGGCGCCGCAGAAGCUCGGGGUUGAUGCAGCCCCACCCUCCUUACGAGGACAUCACGGUGGAGGAGUCGGCGGAGGAUGGGAUGCUGAACAUCUCGAUCCACGCCCCGUGGCUGCUGAAGCAUCAGGCGGCGGACCCCUACAUGGCCACGCCGCCCGGGUACUACGGGUACGGGUACGCCGUGCUGCCGUACGGGGUGGAUGACGAGGACCUGGAGGGAGAAGAGGAUUCUACUGUGGGUAAAAACGACGAGUGAACUGGUCAUACGUGUACGGCAGUACUCUCCAAGCAGA